AUGGCUGACAAACGUGCUUCAAGCGGAAUUCUGUCACCUAGCCGCAAAAGUCGUGUGGAUCUUCUGGAUAAAAUUGAGGAUGGGCUUUAUCUCGGUAGCCUGGCCGCUGCUUCGGAUAUCGUUUUGCUUUCUAAAAACAAAAUUAAUGCUGUCCUGACGCUUGAUGUAUGCCCCAUUCCUGCAAGAAUAAUCAAGUCACUUAAGCACUACAAGUUUGUUGCUGUUUGCGACACCGUGAAGGACAACCUACUCAGCCAUUUUCAAGAAUGCGUCGCUUUCAUAGACGAGUCCCGAAAAACUGGCAAUGUUCUUGUGCAUUGUUAUUUCGGCGUUUCGAGAAGCAGCACGGUUGUAAUCGCGUAUAUUAUGGCCAAAAAUAAAUUGGGCGUCGAUGACGCGAUGCUUCGUAUUGUGAGCUGUCGUCCGAGAGUUUUGGCGACUGAAAGAAAUGUGAUUCCCCAUAUGCGGAAUCAGAAACAUUUGUGGACAGAUGCACGUUUUAAUGAUCUUUCUGAAGUGGAGAACCUCAUUUGUCGUCGGGGAUUAUUCUUGGAACCGAUUGCUUGGAUGCGUGACGCAUUCAAUACUCUUCAAGGCAAACUCCACUGUCCUAAUUGUAAUGCGAAAUUGGGAUCUUUCACCUGGCUUCUUGGCGUAUCGUGUUCGUGUGCCACGCACAUCACACCAGCGUUUCAUGUACAACAGAAGAAGGUGGACAAAAUGAUGUAUAAUCCUGUGCAACAUUCUGCGUCAAUGCCUGUGCUGAGUAGUAUGCAGACUGCACAAUCACCAGAUCUGGCGGAUGUUCCCGCUUUGUCCAAGAAUAAAGUUGCCCUUGAAUCAGGAAGUUCUGUUGACCCUCCAUCUGUUCCAAUUUCUGAUGAGACGGACAAUGCUUCGAACCCGAGCAGUCGAGAUGAGGAAAACGAUGAAAACAUCUGUGAUUUAGAGGCUUUGGAAAAUGCUCUAUUGGCGUGUGAAGGUGAAAACUGCGAUAGUACCAAGAUGGCUGUAGAGGAAUUUGGUGCUGACUGAUCCAAGAGAGCGUUUAUCGCCUUUUCUGCAUUGUUCGUAGUUUGUAUUGUUGGCAAUGCAUUUAUUUAUGUUUUUAGUCUCGUAGAAACUUAAAUUCUCGUUUCAGUUUCGGUUUCCGUUAUUUUUUUGGUUUCAGCUUAUUCGACACCAAGCAUCUAUUGAAAAUGUACUGUGCUGAAGAGUGUUGGUUGGCUACCCUGCGAAAAGCCUUUCAGCAGGUGAUGAUUUUGAUACUGUUCCGGAUCUCAUCCUCCAUGAAUAGUACACCGUGGGGGACACAUCGGAAAUACGAAAUUCGGAGUGAAUUGGAUCGUGUGGUGCUACACUAUAUAGAAGAAGUGAUGUGUGCUGAUCUCACUUUCUAAGAACUUUUUUUUCUACUUUGGCAGAAGUACAGUAGUUGGAACUUUAAAUUCCCAUUGAAAUAUCGGAUAGAAAUUCGAGAACUGUGAUUUUACUGUGAAUGGUGUCAAACACUGGCAUUGCACAAAACUCCGUUUUGACUUUGAAAGUUUUUCCGUGGUUGGUGUAGUCAAUCAUGAGUAAUCACAACCCACCACGACGUAGUUUUCUUUUACGCAUCACGCUUAUAUCGUAAGCCGUAAGAGCGGUGAUAAUUUUACGUUAUUUGUAUGGAAGCCGAUCAAAUUGUUUUCUAGAAUCUUCCGCACGUGUGUCAUUUUUGUGGAAUACCCUUCCUUAUUUGUACUUCGAAGGACUGCUACUUGUCCUGGCUGUCAUCGUAUAUGGAUAUUCUGUGAAGCAUUUUCCAACAUUUCUGACUCGUUCAAAGCCCCUUCUAAAAUCGUUUUUCAUGAUUGUCUUAUCAAGCUCUAUUUAGAAUCAAAUUGCUAAUGGAUGAGUUAUCAAACUAAAGUUCUACGGCGGAGUGCAUCGGUCAUUCACUUUGUGUCCGUGUCCAAAAGUAUAAAUUUCUUGUCGUUAUUUUCUUUUUCAUGAACUCCGGACAUAUUAUCUCCCGUCUAUAAUUUUUGUCCCCACUUCUUGAGCCAACUUGGUCGACGGUUUUUUUCAAUAGUUCUCGGAAUUGUCCAUGGGAUCCCGUGCUAUGACAGAUUCAAAACAUGCUUCAGUUUCCUUUGGUUCAUGAGGCCUUUUCUAUUUUCUUCAACUCCCAAGCAUUGGAAAUAAAUGCUUGAUAAGUAGCAUUAACACAAUUAAAACGAAGUUUUUCUCUUCAGCCGGGGGAUUGAAAGGAAAUUGGCUCAUCAACUUUCUAAUUCAAUUGAACGAAAAAAUGAUUAAAGAAAGGCGGAAACGUUUGUGGUGUAAGCUGUGUAUAUUGCUCGACUGGUGUAAAAGCCCUCUCAGUUUUACAAAGAAAAAAUUCGCCGCCAGUGUGCAUUUUUAUGUUAGAUUUUCUUUUUACGAUUUAUCUGCACACCCCGACACAAAGAAGAAAUUCAUCUUCUCGUUGAAAUGGUAAAUGUCUCUUAAAGCUUAAAGAUGAGUUUUUCGAGAUGGUAUAUUGGAAUUUGUGCUAAUUUUCAACUGGAUGAGCCGCUCCCUAGAUUGAAAAAUAAGCACAUUGCCCGUGUUUGCUUGCGGAAUCCGUCGAAUUGCAUGAAUAUGGAUGAAAAUUGGCUGACAGAUAAAAUUGUUGCUUUAGGCAGAAUAAAUUUUUUUUACAGAUGUAGGAGUUUACUGAUGUUGUAUGCCAUUCGGAAAUCCUGUUGUACAUAACGUAUUUUAUCAAAUUACUUCUUUGGAUUCGGCAGUCCCACGAAGGAGUGAAGGUUUUUGGAACCAUACUGACUCUCUCCGUGAAAUUGCAGUACAUAUUCAUUUCAUGAUGUACAUACACAAAUCGUGAAUGUCGAAAGCCUUCUUAAAUCGAGUUUUUUUUUUAUUCUUCGGGAUGUCCGUUUGUUAUUAAUCUUAGGACGAGUGGUCCUUCUUCAGGCAAUUUUCUGCGUUCAAGUAGGUAUAUGCAGUGUAGGAGGUACAAUGAUACUAAGAUUGUAUUUUUAUGGAACGCACAUUUUGUGAUAGCCGACAAGAAAAUUUCCUUCCCAGCACUACCGAUCGCGAUUUCAAGGGAAAGAGAACGUAUUUAACGGCGGAGGCAACAAUUCCGACUUCAGAAACGCACUGGAAACAUUCUGCUUUCGUCGAGAUCAACCGUGUGUGAGCACUGCGAUUUCAAUACUGUACCAUUGUACGGUUCUACCUACCUUCGUAGUGCUGUGUUGUUGAAAAUGUUUUCUAGAAUAAAAGAAAUAUUGUGCUGUACAAUAUAUAUAUAUUCAUGUUCACCUUUCCGGAACGAAAUUGGAUUCCGGAAAGUGUUUCUCAAACUUCACGUAUUCGAGCCUCUCCGCCGCUUAAUCAGACUUUUCUUUCUAAAUAAAUUGUACGUUUCCUUCUCUGCGCUAGAAAAUUAUUUAUUCUAGUUGUUUAACGAUGAAUACUUGUGGUAAGCUUUGGUUUCAAAUUUUCGAAUCAAUGUCUUGUUUCCCAGGAGGUCUACGCUUUGGAAUUUACGUGAACGCUUGAGCUUCAUGAAUGCAGUAAAUAAUGCUUUAAAUUUGUUUCAGAGCUUAGCGAACGUCACGCACGAAUGGGUUUUAUGCGAAAGCAUUUUGCUACGUUUCCUAUUCUUCGAAAAGACGCAUCAAGGCAUUGUAAAUCAUCGGUAUACAGUAUGCAUCGUAAAGAAGAGGAGAGUAGUUCACGAUGGUUUUCAUUCGAACAGGAGUGUUUUUGUGGUGUGUACGUUUCAACUUUUGAUUCACUGUGCAUUUUUAGAAGUGAUGUGUUGAGUUCAUGCUGUACGCGUCACGCAAGACGUAGUUAUAUCCCUGUGUGUGGAUCGUAAUCUACUGACGUGUGUAGAAAUCUUUGAGUAAAAAUUCAGAUUUUUCAUCGAAAUUGGACGUGCGUGGAGACGCCUUGAAUGUAAUUGCCGAUGGACAAUAAGGCGUUCGGAAUCCUAUGCGAAAGAAACGGAUAUUUUUUAACUUACCGCGUUUCAAUGUUAGGGAAAUUUGAUCCUUCGUCGUAGUUUCCGGGCAUUGAGGCAAAUCGUACUGUGAUUCAAAAAAAUUUCUGUUCUUUCCUCUAAUUACGUUCUUUCAUUUAAUGUGAACUUUUGGAAUUCCGUAUGCCUGGUGUUGCCCGAAAAUAAAGAAUUCGUUCUUUUUCCUCAGCUUCUACAUUGAAUUCAUCAAUCGUCUGUGCUUCUCUUUUUAAGGUUUUUUAAUGCAUGAACAGUAGACAGUUCAGAAAUUGCGUACUCCUGCCAGGAUAUGGCUGCGCGGAUUCUAUGUAUGAGCUGUUCUCCCAUGUCACCAUGUAUAGAUUACAUGUUGUAUGAAGUAAAGAACAUGACUUCUAUUUGUUUCAGGGAAGGUUUCCAAUUUUUAUUCAAUGGGAGAAGUGGCUGAAAAUGUUUUCAUUGAAGUCCAUGCUGGUAAAACGUAAUACGAGAUGUAGACUCCCCAGUUGGAUUAGUAUACAGUAAUAUAAUUAUGUCUGCAUCUUUGGGACUCCAUCGUAAUUCAUAAGUGGCAUCGGCAACACGGGUUGUGAUACCCUUGGGGUAGGCAGAUUAUUUAAUGGGAUCUGGCGAUUGACACAGAUACAGUACUGUGAUCAUAUGCUGCACAAUUGUACCAUACAGUACUGUAUUUCUGUCCUGCAAAAGGAAAGGGAGUUUCCAGGCAUCCCAUAUAGAAGGGUUAGCGGAGGAUGUGUGUACAGACUUCUUAGUUACACAUCAUCCCAGUCGUGACGUCCACUAGCAGAAAGGCGCGGAAGUGAGCGACGGUGAAUUGAAACUAUGCUGAAAUGCCCCAGCACCCAUCCCAACACAGCAAGGAGUUUUUAGUGCAGUUCGAUUUUUGUGGGAGGAGUGAGUGUGUCGU